AGUGCAGAAUGGUAAAGGUCGUCACCACAAAGUUGAGCCACCCAAGCUAGCUAGCUAUAGUCUCCAUCAUCUAGUCGACACUCACCCUGCAUCUGCUGCAUGGCUACCAUGUUUCGGUUCUCCAUUGAUAGAGGAGGUACGUUCACUGAUGUGUAUGCCGAAUGUCCGAGUGGUGAGGUCAGAGUCAUGAAGCUGCUCUCAGAGGACCCUGCUAACUAUCCCGACGCACCCAGAGAGGCCAUCAGAAGAAUAAUGCAAGAGGAGAUGGGCGUGUCCUUACCUCCCGGAGAGUUACUGGAUUCUGCGCACAUUGAGUGGAUCCGUAUGGGCACUACCGUGGCAACCAAUGCCCUCCUCGAACGUAAGGGAGAGAGACUGGCCCUCGUCAUCACCAAGGGUUUCCGAGACCUCCUACACAUUGGCAACCAAUCAAGACCCAGUAUUUUUGAUCUGCGUAUAGAGGUCCCUGAGGUGCUGUACGAGGAAGUGGUUGAAGUAGAGGAGAGAGUGAUCCUCGCACAGGAUGGCUGUCAGCUACAACUGACCACACCUACUCUUACAGGCACCACUGGAGAGAAGGUACAUGUGUGGCGUGCACUGAAUGAAGAGUUGCUGCGACGAGACCUUCAGAGGGUGUUGGGUAAAGGCAUCACAUGUCUCUCUGUCGUCCUCAUGCACUCCUACACAUACACUGCACACGAGGAGGUGGUAAGGAAGGUUGCCAUGGAGAUGGGAUUCACACACGUCUCCCUGUCCUCUGCGGUGAUGCCAAUGGUCAGGAUAGUACAGCGAGGGUUUACCGCUGCUGCUGACGGCUACCUUACCCCCUGCAUCUACCGUUACGUACAAGGCUUUGCAUCAGGAUUCAAGAAUCCAGAGAAGCUUAAAGUGCUCUUCAUGCAGUCCGAUGGUGGCCUUACUCCGAUGGACAAGUUCAACGGCAGUCAAGCCAUCCUCUCGGGGCCAGCAGGUGGUGUGGUUGGCUAUGCAAUGACAACGUAUGGUGAAGGUUGCCAUGGUGAGGAGAAGGGGCGUGUCCCAGUAAUUGGAUUCGAUAUGGGAGGUACCUCAACGGAUGUGUCCCGUUACGCUGAAGAGUAUGAGCAUGUAUUUGAGAGCACAACAGCUGGCAUCACUAUCCAAGCCCCACAGUUGGACAUCAACACAGUGGCUGCAGGAGGUGGCUCAAUGCUGUUCUUCCGGUCAGGCAUGUUUGUAGUGGGUCCAGAGUCGGCUGGAGCUAACCCAGGACCAACCUGUUACGGCAAAGGGGGUCCUCUCACCGUCACCGAUGCCAACCUCUGUCUUGGUAGACUGCUACCUCAGUAUUUCCCUCAGAUCUUUGGACCCACUGAGGACCAACCUCUCGACCAGACUGUCACCAUGGAGGCAUUUCAGAGGCUCACUGAACAAGUUAAUCAGUUCCUCUCUGAACAGGAAACUGCAACAGGAAAUCACACACCGAUGACAUCACAGGAAGUGGCCAUGGGGUUCGUGAGAGUCGCCAACGAGGCCAUGUGUCGGCCAAUCAGAGCUCUCACACAGGGCAAGGGAUAUGAUACGUCUCGCCACCAGCUGGCGUGUUUCGGAGGUGCAGGUGGCCAGCAUGCGUGUGCCAUCGCUCGCAGCCUGGGAAUGAGCAGUGUGUUUGUUCAUCGUUACUCUGGGAUACUGUCAGCGUAUGGACUGGCCCUGGCCGAUGUUGUUCAUGAGGCGCAGGAGCCCUGUGCUGUGAUAUACAAAGACGAAUCUUUUGAGUACAUUGACUCGAGGAUUGAUGUGCUGACUCAGCAGUGUGUGGUGGAGCUAGAGCGACAAGGAUUCCAAAGGGAGAUGAUUGAGACCACCCCCUACCUCCAUUUACGCUACGAGAGGACUGAUUGUGCCCUCAUGUGUACACCAGCCGUCAAAGAGGGGCAUGGUAACUGUAGCCAUGGAGAUUUCGAGAAAGCAUUCACCCUCAGGUACCAACGAGAGUUUGGCUUUACUAUUCCAUCUCGGCCAAUUGUUGUGGACGAUAUUCGAGUGAGGGGUACCGCUAGAGCCUGUUCCCAUCACCCUAUCCCACUACCCCCCACAGAGGACCCCCCACACAGAGAGACAGUGACGAAGUGCUGCUUUGAGGGAGGUGUGCUGGACACGGAUGUCUACCUACUGAGUCGGCUGGGGAGGGGUCAUCGGAUCACAGGACCGGCCAUCAUUAUCGACAAGAACAGUACUAUUCUGGUGGAGCCUGACUGUGUGGCCACUGUUACUAUGUAUGGUGAUGUAGAAAUACAAGUGGGCGGGGCUGGAGGUCAAAAGGUCGGCCCAGAGCUGGACACGAUACAGCUGUCGAUAUUUUCUCAUCGUUUUAUGAGCACGGCCGAGCAAAUGGGGAGAGUCCUACAGAGGACGUCCAUAUCCACCAACAUCAAGGAGCGACUUGACUUCUCGUGUGCUCUGUUUGGUCCUGAUGGAGGUCUUGUCGCUAACGCACCUCACAUCCCAGUACACCUGGGGGCCAUGCAAGAAGCCGUACAGUGGCAGCUACGCUAUCUCCAAGGAGACCUACAUGAGGGAGAUGUGUUACUUAGCAACCACCCUUCAGCAGGGGGCAGUCACCUCCCUGACCUCACCGUCAUCAGCCCAGUGUUUUUCACUGGUUGUAAGGACCCAGUGUUCUUUGUGGCCAGCAGGGGUCACCAUGCCGACAUCGGAGGUGCCACUCCCGGAUCCAUGCCACCUUACUCGAGUCAACUGUGGGAGGAGGGAAUGAACGUCAAGAGCUUCAAACUGGUGGAGGGAGGCGUGUUUCAAGAAGAGGAGGUCACUGCUCUGUUAAUGGCCCCAGGGGAAUAUCCAGGGUGUAGCGGUACUAGAAAUCUCCAUGACAACCUCAGUGACCUCAGAGCACAGGUCGCAGCUAAUCAAAAGGGUAUUCUUCUGGUGAAGGAACUGAUUGAUGCAUAUGGACUAGAGGUGGUGCAAGCCUACAUGGGCCACAUUCAGGAGAAUGCUGAGCUGGCUGUGAGGGAUAUGCUCAAGACAAUAGCAGCUAACACUCUGGCGGCCACUGGACGUAGCCUCCUCCACGCCCAGGACCAUAUGGACGACGGCACACCCAUCAAACUGAGCAUACAGAUAUCAGACGAGGGCUGUGCUGUGUUUGACUUUGCUGGUACUGGUCCUCAAGUAGAGGGUAACACCAAUGCUCCCAGGGCAGUCGUCCUUUCGGCCAUCAUCUACUGUCUACGCUGCAUGGUCGGCCAUGACGUACCUCUCAAUCAGGGUUGUUUGAAACCUGUUCAGGUGCUGAUACCAAGUGGCUCUCUCCUAGACCCCUCAGAGACUGCCGCUGUUGUCGGGGGCAAUGUACUCACUUGUCAACGGAUUGUGGAUGUGGUGUUCCGAGCGUUUGAGACGUGUGCUGCCUCUCAGGGAUGUAUGAACAAUGUCACCUUCGGGGACGCUAAUGUGGGAUACUAUGAGACUGUGGCCGGGGGAGCGGGGGCGGGUCCAGGAUGGGACGGGCGCAGCGGUGUACACUGUCACAUGACCAACACAAGAAUCACAGACCCAGAGAUACUAGAGAGAAGGUAUCCGGCUGUGUUGCUAUGUUUCCAACUGAACCGAGGCAGUGGAGGGGAGGGUCAGUAUCAAGGGGGUGAUGGCGUUGUCCGUGAGAUGCUGUUCCGUAGACCACUCACCCUGUGUGUGCUCACCGAGAGACGAGUGUACAGUCCAUUCGGCCUGAAAGGAGGGGGUGAUGGACAUAAGGGAAGAAACACGCUAGUGAGAGCUGAUGAAUCUGAGGAAAACCUGGGGGGCAAGAAAUCUGUGCAAGUUCUGUCAGGGGACAUUCUGCGACUGGAGACUCCCGGGGGUGGGGGGUACGGCAAGCCAGGGGAUCUCUCUCACCAACCACCUGCAAAGAAGCCAAAGCUUCACAAGUUCACUCCCAGUGGAAGUGUAGCCAGCUAUCAAAGAACACAGGAGUCAGCAUAGGACAUGACUGCGAUUAUUACUAACCUGUGAAAUACACAUAUCAGAUUUUGGUUUGAAGAUGUAUUUACGACUGUG